CUCAAAAUGACAACAAGCAGUAGUGUGGUAGCAGGGGGGCCAGGGGGCCAUGACAAAAUCUGAAUAUGGGAGUAAAUGGAGAUAAAAGGGGGGCGCAAAAAUUGACUCGGCCACCCCAGGAAAAACAUAGCCACCGCGCCACUGACAACAACCUUGCUACUUGUAAUUUUUAAGAUACUGGUUUCCAAUCUCUUUGGGAUAUUUUCACAGUUUCAGUGACCUGUAUUUUCUCCUGAAAAGGUUUUUGAUUUAGAAAGUUAGCUACGCAUUUGAUCAUCUGAUGAAGGAUAAUAAUUGAAGUAGUUUCCCACAAAUAAUUUGCUAGGCAAACUCAAAAAUUUACUAGAAACAGGUAUAUCAUAGCGUUUUAAUGGUGAUUAGGAAUUUAUUCAGAGUUAAUUUCACGCAGGGAUUUUGGCCUUAGCUAAUUCGCCUGAAUUGGAAGUUGUUUGCUAAUCGUUAUGGUCUUUUGUGCCACACUUCCUCGCGUUUUUCUAGUAUCCGCUAUUUUAGUUUAUGUGCAAUGCGGGAAAGUUUUUUUGCCUCCUGAGGAUUUCUUUUCUAAUACUGGGGUACGAUGCAGGGUUCGUGGCAAUUUCAUUCCCUUGGUUAAUUUUAGGGGUAUUUAAGGUUUUGGCAUAACAUAUUGGCCUCAUCUUGCUUGUGAAGCCUCUACAAGUAUCUUGUUUAUUUUGGCCCUCCCUCCCUCACUUUGUUCCUUUUUAUAGAAAUGCUUUUUCUGUUAUGCUUUGGGCUUUGUGUUUCUUUUACGUCUUCGUUAAAACUUCACAUACCUUAGGCAUCUUAUAUGCAGUUUAGCGUUCUUUGGUACUAUUAGGUAGGACUGUUGGAUGAGCCAAAGUUCCAGAUCCUAAACUAUUUCAAGUCUGGGGCUCAAGUUGUAUUGGAUCGGCUCUUAUUGGGGAAUAGAGAUUUUUCUUAUCCAUUCCCUCCCCCCAUCCAUUAACAACAAAUUUUGGGGUUAUUGUAUAACUUUCCUUAGUAUCCCCUUCCUGGUAGAGGUUUUUGGUCGGUUGUGCGAUUUACGCCGAUGCACUAACGACCCAACUCGCUCUCCAUGACAUGGAAACGUAGCCUCAAUCGCGACUGACUUUCUGAUAUCAAUGACAUAUUUUUCUGACAGAGCUUUUUCCCCUUCAUUUUUAUUGGUAUUUUAUUCCAGAGUUACAAAAUUAAACAGACUAUAGACAGAGGUGUCUGACACUUUUUUGAAAGUGCUACUCAACAAUUGGGUAAGAAUCACAUAUCUUAUCGUACAACGAAACGUAGAGCUGAGAGCCUUUAACCAUUUUUAGAGGAGGUUGACAGAUUUAUUACAAGUAUCGCUUUGACUUUAACUGACCCUCGUUUUGGUAUAAUUUCACAGCCUCCCUUUUGCGUGGCGCGUAAAGUAGCGGAGCGCGCGAAAUUAGGCCAUUGUAUUCGAGCCAAGGACAUUUCACGAGCAAAAACAAAAGUAAUCAGAAAAAUGAAGGUCUUCACACCUGAGAUCUCUUGGCAUCAAAAAGAGCCGAUAUUCAGUGUCGAUUUUUGUCCGGGAACCUGGAAGCUAGCUUCUGCUGGAGCCGAUUUCACUAUAAAGAUUUGGUUAGUGAAGGAAGAUGCAGAAGAAAAUGCUGGUUUGGACUUUCUUGCUAAUCUAGACAGACAUUCAAAGCCUGUGAACUGUGUCAGGUUUUCUCCUGAUGGUAAAUAUUUGGCAUCAGCUGGAGAUGAUUGCGUUAUCAUCCUUUGGAAAUUAUCGGAAGAUGCAGAUGAUAUGUUUGCAGAGCCCAGCCUUGGUUCUGAGGAUGUUGUUAACAAGGAAAAAUGGGUUGUUCAUAAAAUGCUGCGAAGAGGACAUCUUGAAGAUAUAUAUGACCUUGCCUGGUCCCCAGAUGGAAAACAGUUGAUUUCAGGUUCAGUUGAUAACAGUGCAAUUAUAUGGGAUGUUUCUAAAGGUCAUUUUACCAAUAUUAUCAAAGACCAUAAACAUUAUGUUCAGGGUGUUUGCUGGGAUCCCCGUGGACAAUAUGUUGUCACCCACUCCAGUGACAGGACAUGCCGUGUUUACUCUUUGUCAAAAAACCGAUGUGUGCAGACUAUUCAUAAAUCUUCUUUUCCUGUUUCCGUUCCAACAGAGGAUGGAAAGAAUCACAAGACUUCAAAAUUGUUCAUGGAUGAAACAAUGCAAUCAUUUUUUAGAAGAUGUCAGUUUUCACCAGAUGGCCUUUUGCUUGUACUCCCUGUAUUGAAAACUGCAUAUAAAUUUGCAGAUUGCGUUAUCAUCCUUUGGAAAUUAUCGGAAGAUGCAGAUGAUAUGUUUGCAGAGCCCAGCCUUGGUUCUGAGGAUGUUGUUAACAAGGAAAAAUGGGUUGUUCAUAAAAUGCUGCGAAGAGGACAUCUUGAAGAUAUAUAUGACCUUGCCUGGUCCCCAGAUGGAAAACAGUUGAUUUCAGGUUCAGUUGAUAACAGUGCAAUUAUAUGGGAUGUUUCUAAAGGUCAUUUUACCAAUAUUAUCAAAGACCAUAAACAUUAUGUUCAGGGUGUUUGCUGGGAUCCCCGUGGACAAUAUGUUGUCACCCACUCCAGUGACAGGACAUGCCGUGUUUACUCUUUGUCAAAAAACCGAUGUGUGCAGACUAUUCAUAAAUCUUCUUUUCCUGUUUCCGUUCCAACAGAGGAUGGAAAGAAUCACAAGACUUCAAAAUUGUUCAUGGAUGAAACAAUGCAAUCAUUUUUUAGAAGAUGUCAGUUUUCACCAGAUGGCCUUUUGCUUGUACUCCCUGGUGGAGUGUACGGCGCGGGGGAAAAACCAGUCAAGGCAACAUAUGUUUUUUCAAGAGGAGGUUUCAACAAGCCAGCUCUUUGUUUGCCGGGAUCCAAGAAACCGUCAGUUUGUACUUGUUUUUGUCCAGUUGCAUUCGACAAUAUGAGCAGUGAUGGGAAUAAAGAAAAUGAAUCUGAAAGUUUCUUCAAACUCCCGUAUCGGAUGUGCUAUGCAGUGGCAACUUUAGAUUCCGUUGUGUUUUAUGAUACACAGCACCAGUAUCCAUUUGGCUUUGUUUCCAAUGUCCACUACGCCUCCUUGACAGAUAUGACUUGGUCUUCUGAUGGUAGAAUCCUUGUUGUUUCGUCCCUCGAUGGAUAUUGUUCUAUCGUGAGUUUCAAAGAUGGCGAACUUGGGAAACCAAGUGAAAUCAACCCAACAGAAUAUGUCAGUAACAAGCUAAAGGCUAAACGCGAAGCCAAAAAGAAGGCAGUUAACAUCGAUGUUGCAACCAAGGCAGCAGCUUCUGUAAAGGAUAAGGAGCAAGAAGGGGGGACUCCACAACGCCCUGCAACGCAGAGCAAGGACCAACCGACGUUAUUUCAAUGCAUCACGCCUGCUCGUAAAAGAAAGCGGCCUUUUAAAUCUCCGCAGCCUUUAUCGUCCAGUCCCCUUGUGGCAGUGGCUAGUGGAAAUGGUAGCCCAGAUGCCCCGUUCGAUCUUACUGGCAAUGACUGUAACGAGCAGUCAAAAAGUGCACAAGCAUCUCCCCUGCUGGCAUCCAGUGUAGCAUCUAGAGAAGGUACCCCCAGUAACGAUAUUGAUAAAAAGACUCCAAAACGUGCCAACCUGAUAACACUUGGCUUCAAACGAAUUCCUAAACCUGGCUCUAGCUCUGAAUCAAAAGAUGAAACUCAAGAAAACCCAGAAAAUGGACACAAGCCACGUAGAAUUCAUUUUGUAACACUGCAGGGUGACAUGAAAGGACAGCCGUCUACUGCCGAGAACAAGUCAGUCAACAACCCGACGCCAGUUCCAACCGAAGUGACAAAUGAAAGCACGCCUAGUGAGGCGAAGCUGAUAAGCGACAAAAAAGAGACAAGUGAUGGUGCAUGUAGCCCAACGCCCCAGAUAAAACCAGCACGCAGAGUUGCUCUGUUAUCUGUACCGGCUAAGAGAGAUCACUCUGGGGGAAUAAAAGAAGGUGCAGAAGGUAGUCUUGGUGCAACCAACGUAGUCAGUGAUAAUACUCAGAAAUCGACAUCUUCCAUACCGAAAUCUACAGAAGGAGAAACAGGUAUCCCAACAGACAAGGCUUCAAAGUCCACAAGGAGAGUUGUUGUGGUGAAUCUCGUAGACACUGAAGACAAGGUUGAAGAAAAACAGGACCUUUGUUUAGCCAAGGCGAAAGAUCCCGUCUUAAUACAGCUAUCACCCAGUGGAACCGUUGACCAGAGGACGACCCUUGAUAAGCACAACGAUAAAUCAGAAGGAGAGUUGGGUGCAAAGGCACAAGGUCCUGUUUGCAUAAGCAUUGAUGAAAGUGGGCCUCCUCGUGAAGAUGGUUCUUUUCAAGAUUCACACCACAAAACAAUAAGCGAUGCUGUGAAAGAGACAAACUCAAACGUGCAAGAAGCUUCUGUUUCAAAUGAUAAUAAACAACAUGAACCACGCAGUAUAACAGCAAAGGAAGCUAAUUCUUCUCCGGGAGGGAAAGCUCCACGUAGAGUAGAAUUCAUGACUUUGAAAAAAAUGUAAAAUUGAAAGAAAAGUUUGCAAUAAUUCAUUAGAUGUAUUGAUCUGAUUAAGCCAAGCACAACCACCGUGCAUCCUGGCUUGCAUCUUACACUGUAAAUACUUUUGCAAUCAAGUAAUAUUUGAUAUCUUUAGUUCCAACCAUUCAAUUUGGCAUUUAGCAUACCUUUGUUAUCAGCUUAAAAUCUUUCAUGCAUGUGUAGCAAAUUUUGAAAUUAUAGAGUAUUUUGAAAAU